AUGGCAGUCCCCCAGCGGACGCUCAGCUGGCUAUACUCGGCGCUGACAAAGGAUCAUUAUGACCCCAAACAGACCUACCACGACCCCAAUCGAGCCUAUCAUGAUGUUGUCAAUGCGCUCACUCAGUACCCCUCGCUCUCCCCUCGUACCGAUGUAUAUACAUAUGAAAACGGUUUCUCUGCCCUUCUCCUCCAUCUUGUGGGCACGGUGCCUGCUGUCUUCCGAGGCACAACAUACCGGUUUCCUGUCGCGAUUUGGAUCCCGAAUACGUACCCUCGUGAACCCCCUAUGGUAUACGUGACGCCGCCCCAAGAUAUGACGGUCCGGGUUGGCCAGCACGUUACCCUGGAAGGACGAGUGUAUCAUCACUAUCUCGCGCAUUGGGCGGAAGCCUGGGAUAAAUCAACAAUCGCCGACUUCUUGUACAUUCUCCGUGAAGUCUUUGCUAAGGAGCCCCCGGUUCGGUAUCGCCAGCCAAUGCCACCUCAGCAGCCUCAACUGUCGCAGGCACAAGCUCCCCCGCCAAUACCACCUCUCCCACCUGGGAUGGGACCAUCACCAGCCACGGUCCAGAUCCAGUCCCCUCGUCCAGCAGCCCAGAACCAAACACCUCCGCAGCUUCCCCCAAAACCUGGAUCGGCUCCAGUGCACCAACAAUCCCCAUCCCAUGUGGCAGACCGGUACCGAUCGCCCCCGCCGCUGCCACCGCUACCGCCGAAGGGAUAUGAUCCCAGACGAGCAAUUUCCACGGGCGCGACAACCCCAGGAAGCAAUGUACCUCCGCAGUUUGCGCCAUCACCACAAUAUCCAGCUUCCCAAUAUACGGGGCACUCUGUGUCUCCGCUGCCCACGGGCCCCACAUAUAACAGACACAACGGGAUCAAUGGGCCUCAACAACCGCCUUAUGCUCGCCAAGUUGGGCCACACGGCCCCCAAGAUCCGUUGCCUCAACAACAAAUUCCCCAUCAACAUCCCUCACAAGCAACUUCAUCUCAGUAUCCAGGAUAUCAGUCUCAGCGGCCUCUCUCGCAACAGCAACCACCACCACCACCUGGGCCCCCGUACCCACAAAACUCCCCUUAUCCAUCAAACUAUCCACAUCCGCCUCCAGCAGCACCUGCCCCGAAGACUCAAGUGCCUGAUCUUCUCACCUCUCCUUUUGAAAUCGGUCUCCCGUCAUUUGCUCCCACUGGACCAGCCCCUCCGAUCCCACCAAACCCAGAAAAGGAUGCUCUCCUACACGCUGUCUCCAGGACGCUGGCCGAGACCUUAGGAACCCAAGCCAUGCAGUCCGACGCAGCAGCUCAAUCCCUAGUCUCCCAAUCCCACUCUCUACAGGCAGCAAUGGCAACCCUGCAAAACGAAGUCUCUGCCCUCAAUGCCCUGCAAGCCAGCCUCCAAUCCAACACCACUAUCCUCCAACAGUCUAUCCACCGGGCAGAUGCCACUAUCGCUGGUGCCCAGGCUCGGUCGGCGUCUGUGUCGACGUCCGCUACUCCAUCAUCCUCUGCUGCGCCUGGAUCCUCAGAUCCUCCAUCCGGCCUCCCUCCCAUCGACGAGGUUCUGGUUGCUCCCACCGUCGUCGGGAAGCAACUCUAUGAUCUUGUCGCCGAGGAGGAAGGCCUGCAGCAUGCACUUUAUGCACUGCAGGCUGCUCUCGUGCGUGGUGUUAUCGGGAUGGACUCUUGGUCUCGUCAAACUCGUGGGCUUGCGCGUGAGGCUUUCUUGAAGCGCGCUUUGAUCAGUAAGAUUGGGCGUGGAAUGGGACUAGAAACUUCUCUGUCAGGAUAA